GUAUAAAACGCGGGAGCUAUAUCGUACGGAAACCAAUUGUUGAGCAAACGUGCUCGCCGUGAAACCUUAAAAUAAAACUCGUGAAUGAAAUUAAGCAACAUGGUUGCCAAACAGUACGUAUACGUAAUGUGUGUUCUAGUUGCGGGGCCAAUCCUGCAACUCUGCACAGCCAGGCAAUUGCCCGCCAUUGCAACAGCAACAAGAUACAGCAGCGCCGAGCUACGUCACGGAUCGCGCGAUAAGGCGAGUGGUGGCAAUAACGAUGACGUCGUUGCACCCGAACGCGUACGCCGUCAAGUCUCCGACUGGUUUAUAGCGCCCAAUACACGCUGGUGUGGCCGCGGCAACUUGGCCAAUGGCACAUAUAAUGAUUUGGGUGGCGCGUCGCUGGCCGACAAGUGCUGCCGCAAACACGACCAUUGCCAGCUCUACAUACCGGCCAUGUCAAACCGCUACGAGCUGUUCAAUUAUCGGCCUUACACGCUGUCGCACUGCAGCUGUGAUCGGCGCUUCCGCACCUGCCUCAAAAUGGCUGGUGAUGAGGACGCCAACACAAUUGGCAAGCUCUUCUUCAACAUGGUGCAAACGCAUUGCUUUGUCCUGAAGUCUGAGCGUGUUUGUCAGCAGCGAGGAACGGGAGACGAUGCAAAUACUUGCCUACAGGAAAAGGUGCGCCGAAAGGCGUAUCUCAAGAAUAAUAAGAAGUUUUAGAUACCCCUGCAAGUCGCAGCCAAACCAGCAGAAUGCCAAAAAAAGAUCCAACAGGGCUACACAUAUUUGGAAGCCUGCCUCAAACACACACACAAACACAACAAAACCUGCCACAUGCGCCUGCUAUGGAAUGCCAUCUCAAAACUCGCAUUGCUAUAAUUAAGUUUAAAACUUGGUUGGCAAAUUAAUCUCGGAGCAAAGCUUUAGGACACAAACCCAUGAACACACCAGAACGAACAAACAAACGAAAUAAUGACUGCCUUUGCAUUCAGGCUUUGCUUUCAGUCAAUUAAUUCGCAUACUUAUGUUACUUAAAGUGCUAUUAUAAUGCAUAGUAUGUACAACUAUGUAUUUUGUACUUAGUAGUUUUAGUUUUAGUUUAUUAGACACACACACACACACACACACACAUACACCAGCGGACGUUACCCAAAAAGCUUUAAGUCCAAUUGGUUGGCAGUUCUGAUAAGGCUGACGAAACAGACCGUUAUUCGUGUGUAUGUAUGUUUGUAUGAAUUUAGUAUUUGUAGCGUGUAGCUUAACAUUUUUGUAAGAAUAUGAAUAAAAUUAAAAACCCAUAAGACCCAAUAAGA